AUGGCCUCCAAGUUUCUCAGAGAAUACAAGCUGGUGGUGGUCGGCGGCGGAGGCGUGGGUAAAUCCUGCCUGACCAUCCAGCUGAUCCAGAGCCACUUCGUCGACGAGUACGACCCGACCAUUGAAGACUCGUACCGCAAGCAGUGCGUCGUUGACGACGAGGUUGCCCUGCUCGAUGUGCUCGAUACCGCCGGCCAGGAGGAGUACUCGGCGAUGCGCGAGCAGUACAUGCGGACCGGCGAGGGUUUCCUGCUCGUCUACUCGAUAACCUCGCGGCAGUCGUUUGAAGAAAUCAUGACCUUCCAGCAGCAGAUCCUGCGCGUCAAGGACAAGGACUACUUCCCCAUCAUCGUGGUGGGCAACAAGUGCGAUUUGGAGGCAGAGAGGCAGGUCUCGACACAAGAGGGUCAAGACUUGGCAAAGCAAUUCGGAUGCAAGUUCGUUGAGACGUCGGCCAAAUCCCGCAUCAACGUCGACAACGCUUUCUACGACCUCGUCAGGGAGAUCAGGAGAUACAACAGGGAAAUGUCGUCGUACGGCUCAGGCGCCCCUGCCGCUGGUGGCAACGGCCCGUCGGGCAAGAUGGAGAUGGACGGCGAUGCGGAGAGCAAAGGCUGCUGCUGCACUGUCAUGUAA